CUUCAGUACGGCUCUCGAAUCGGCCCCGGCGUCAUGUGGAUGCGCGUGUCCUGUGCCGCGCGCGGCGAUCGGAAAUCGCUCUGAGCGGAUCUCGAAAAUUUUCGGAUUUCUCGGAAUCGUGUUUUUGGAUCUGUGCCGAUUUUCCCCGUGGUUUGGUGUCGCGUCACUUUUUGAGACCGAAUUUUCCUUUAAACUGUUCUGGACUUUUUUGUUUGUUUGUUUGUUUGUUUUUUUUUUUACAUUGAAGACGAGCUGAUUGUUUUGAAUGUGAAUGUGUAAUCUUGCUUUACUUUUUAAAAUUGUAAUUUAGAAAUGCUCCUUUCAGUUUUUUUCCGUCUUUGACUCAUCGUAGCCCGGGCUGAGUGCAAUUGUGAUUUUUUUUUCUUUUUUUUUCGCCCGAUUACCUUGUUUAAUGUUUCACGACAGUUCUCAGGAACAAGUGUUUCUGUAUUUUCAUGGUGACCCACGAUCUCCGUCAAAUGAUUUUCUUUUGAGCCCCUUUUAUUUUGUUUCGUUUUGUAAACAAAUGUUCGGAAAAUGAUUUUACCGUGCGUAUCGGGAGAUUUUUGAUGGGCAUGUCUCCGUUUCGUUCUGAGUGGUUUUAGUUAAUGACAGUGCUUUCGCCGAUUUUCUAAGGAUUGUCCCGCCUCUAUCGCCUGGAAUUCCGACGCUUUUUUUGGAAUGUAUGGAUGACCUUGCGCGGAAAAGAUCUCUGAAAGCUUGGCUGGCAGAAUGGUAGCCGACAGCAUGGUCACCACCGAGCCCGACCUAAAUGGAUCUCCGAACAACAAACACCUCAACUUCAAGCAUUCCAGGCUUACCAACAGUCUCCGGCUACCGAGACUCACGCAAACAGUCGUGCCAACCGUCUUCACCUACAAAUCCAACCAGAACCACCGCGUUCACCUCACCAACGGAACAACACCCGAGCGGGGUUCGAAGCUCAACUCAUCGGACUCGGCGCUCCUGUACGCCAACAACAAAACUGCCGCGCAACAGCUCAGCUGGUCGUUCGAAGAAAAAGUGCCUAAUGAAAGCGCCGAGAAAAGCGCCUUCUGCCUGAAGACCUCCAGCGGGAACGACUCGCCGCCGUACUUGAAGGCGGAGGAAAAGGGGUCAAAGGUCACGGGUUCGAGUCCCGUCCGCAGCUCCAAGCGGUUCGCGGCGGCGAAGCUCUUCGGGGUCAGCGAGGUCAAAGUUCACGGUCGGAGCUUCGGGUUUUCUCGGCUCUGCUCGGGCGAGAACGAUGAGUGCCUUAGGAACGACUCGCCGGAAACCAAAUCGGACCGGACGCCGGCGCAGGUCAAAUCCAAUCAGAAGUCGCCGGAAAUCAGGUCGUACCGGAAGUCGCCGGAAGUGAAAUCUGCCCUCAGGUCACCGGAAAUACAAGUUAGGAGGAGGUCGUCCGAAGUGAAGUCCGUGCCGAGGUCGCCGGAAAUAAAAUCUCCCGCAAGGUCACCGGAAGUAAAAUCUGUCCCGAGGUCACCGGAAGUGAAGUCUGUCUUGAGGUCACCGGAAGUGAAGUCUGUCUUAAGGUCGCCGGAAGUGAAAUCUGUCUUAAGGUCGCCGGAAGUGAAGUCUGGCUUAAGGUCACCGGAAGUGAAGUCUGUUUUAAGGUCGCCGGAAGUGAAAUCCACGCCAAGGUCGCCGGAAGUAAAAUCUGGCCGGAAAUCACCGAUCGGAGGGCCCAACUCGACGGAAACGAGUGUCGGCCAUGCGGCUGCACCAAGGCAACCGAUGAUCGGUGGAUUCAGUCCAGGAGACUUCAAUAAAAAGAAAAGUGAAGUGUCGUAUGAUCGGAAAGAUGGAAAAACGCCUGUUCUUGAAUCAUGCCGAUCGCAAGGCAAAAGUGAAAAGUUACCGGAAGGAGUGGAGCUGACGCUGUCGGAGCUGGAGGAGAUGGCAUGCCGGCAGCAGCACCAGAUCGAGGCGCAGCGGCAGCUGCUGGCGGCCAAGGAGCAGCGGCUGCGGUUCCUGAAGCAGCACGAGGCCCGACACCAGCAGGUCGCGCACGAGCACGAGCGGCUCCGACGACUCCGCGACCGCGUCGAGGCCCAGGAACUCAAGCUCAAGAAGCUCCGCGCCCUCCGGGGACAGGUCGACCACACCAAACUCAACAACGCCUCCCUCACGUCCGAUCUGAAGUCGAUACGAGCGCUGUUCAAUGAGAAGGAGAAGGAGCUAUCGAUGGCGGUGGCCAAGGUGGAAGAACUCACCCUUCAGCUGGAGGAUUUGAAGAAAGGACGAGGGACGAUCCCUUCGCCUCCUUCUGCGGCCGCCAUCGAACUAGAUAAACUUAGAAGAGAGCUUAUGUAUCGAAACAAACUGAAUGAGCAGCAGUCGGUGCGACUGACGCAGCAGAGAGAAGCGCUAGCCCUAAGACAAGAAGAGGUUUCGGCUGUAGAUAGGAGGAUAUCAGAACUUCAGGACAGACUGCAACGUAAGCGGCUGUCGAACCAACAAUUAGCGGAACAACUGCAGAAUGCAGGAACUAAACCCAACGACCAAGUUAGGAAUACUCUUUCUUCGUCAGCCUUACAGCACCACCAGCUGAAAUAUCAAGAUCAAAUGAGUUCAUGUCCGUCCGUUCCUUUGUAUAGAUCAACUCUUCUGCAAAAGCAGAGUUCUAGUGAUCGAUUAGGAGAACCUAUGAAUCAAGUGCCAUCAAAUAAAUCCUCCGACAAAGACAGUGAUUUCCUUAAAAAGGUCAACAAUAAUAACAACAAUAACAGCAGCAAUAACAACAUUAUUAACAAUAAUAAUAUUUACCAGCUCUCUAAUUCAGUGAACCAAAGAAAACUAUCGCACGACGAUUUUCAAACAAACAAUAGUCAUAGUAAGAGCGCAUUAAGCGAGAUAACCAGUACAAAACUCAUAAGUAAUUAUAAUGUCAAUAGUAAUCAAAAUAAGUGCCCAAUAAAUGAUCACAUAGCUAAUAACAAUCUAAUAAACCGUACAGGGUUGACAAAUGUAGAGCCCAAAUUGUCUCCGAACUCAAAUGAUAGGCUUUCAGAGUUCAGCGUCAGUAAAUCAGAUCCUAAGUAUCAGACUUUACCGUACAAUACAAAGUUUACUCUAGAUUACAAUUCGUCGACCCAGAAGUUCUCCUCUUCAGUUCGAAAGCCAGGUGAGGGAAAUGAAAGUGUAAUGACUGAAAAUAUGGAGAAAAACCAAGGUCAGAACAUACACUCAGUGCAUACUAGUUCCAAUAAGGCGCAAUCUUCGGCAGUGCUGAACCAAAAUCAGUCAAAAAUCCCUCCACCGCCUCUGCCACCACCGUCAUCUGCGUCCCCUGCAUCUUCAUCCUCCUCCUCCUCAUCUGUCAAUCUUGCCCCAAGGGUGUACAGUCUAUCUGGACCAAUGGCAAGCUCUCUGCUAACUCGUGGUCAACCUGUAGGUGGCGCCUCAUCUACAACCUCUUCCACCACAUCCCUCGCAACAACUAGCAGCAGCGCUGGAUCUUCCACAAAUAAUAACCAACAGAAACCGGUGAGCACAGUGAUUCCGACAUCAAUUCAACAGAUGACGUCUCCAAUUUACCAAACGUCCUCUACCAAAGUUCAUCCUGUUCAACCCCAAACGCUUAGUUCAACCCCUCAGGGAAUUCUAAGGGACCUGAAGCUAGGAUCACCGCAGAAUUCAUCAACACCAAAUAGCACACCUGACUCUGUGCAUAAUAAACCUGCCUUACCUCCGAAACCAGCUCUACCCGGGAAACCAACGCCACCUCCUCCUCCUCGACAGAGUGCCUUGUGGACGACAUAUCAAGAGAAUGCAGAAAACCAAAGGCUAUUUUCGGAACAAAUGAACGAAUCCUGUAGGCUUACGCAAUUAGAAUUUCUAGACAUCAACAAUAGGUUAACGGAGAAACGACCUAAACCUGUGGUAGAUACAUCUUCGGAGGCAGUAGACACAGCAUUAAACGUCCUAAGAGGCUCAGUCAACUUUUCAUCUAGGGGUAGCAGUGUCACAGAUCAAAACAAUGCAAAGAACAAGUCCGAGUCUCAGUCAGAAUCAAAUUUGCCUUUACCACCUCCGCCUCCUGCCGAUCAGUCAACAGAGGAUCGACGGAUGGAUAAGCAACUAAUAAAACCAUGGCCCUCAAUCGGUAAAAAGCAGUCAUCAGAACAGAACCACAACAAAAAUGAAAACAGCGCUGACUGCUCUCCCGACUCCACCAAUAGUGAAGUCAUGAAUGUUCAUGUGUCACUGAACAGGCGAAUAGAGAUGCCGCCAGCAUUCUUCUUCCCAGAGAAUGCUACUCCCCCUGCAGAUCUGGUAGCAUCAGUUAAUCAAGAAUCCUAUGAUAAGGUUGAUCAUAGUAUUCCGAAACAUAACUGUGAUGACAUUUUAAGCAACAAAUUACGUAGUGAGAUAAAAGAGAAUGGUUCUGCUGGAAGCGACACUUCUCAAGAGAAUGCAUUUUCCAGUGAAACUAGUAAUGAAUCUCAAGAAGAAUCAAAAGUCAUAUCCCGGAUAAAGAAAGGAAACUUGAAAGGAAACGGCACAACUAAUGGACUAAAAAGAAGAGUCUCGUUUGAUCCAUUGGCUCUCCUCCUCGAUGCAUCCCUUGAAGGAGAGCUUGAACUCGUGAUGAAAACCGCGACACAAGUGAAGGAUCCCUCCGCUGCGAACGAUGAAGGAAUUACAGCUUUGCACAAUGCAAUCUGCGCUGGUCACAUUGAUAUAGUCAGGUUCCUUGUCCAAUUCGGCUGUGAUGUCAAUGCACAAGAUUCUGAUGGAUGGACACCUUUGCACUGUGCAGCCAGUUGCAAUAAUGUUGCCAUGGUUCGAUUUUUAGUCGAACAUGGAGCAUGUAUCUUUGCCCAAACUCUAUCUGAUCAUGAAACAGCUGCUGAAAAAUGUGAAGAGGAUGAAGAAGGUUUUGAUGGGUGCUCUGAAUUUCUUUACAGUGUUCAAGAAAAGUUGGGAAUCCUAAACAAUGGAGCUGUCUACGCAGUUUUUGAUUAUGAAGCCCACAAUGCAGAUGAGCUAAGUUUCCGUGAAGGAGACCGGCUCAUAGUCUUAAGGAAAGGUGAUGAAUGUGAGAAAGAGUGGUGGUGGUCUCGCCUCAACGAUAGAGAAGGAUAUAUUCCACGCAAUCUUUUGGGGCUCUAUCCAAGAGUUCGGCCAAACAAGGCUGCUGAAUGACAUCGGCUAGAAAACACUUGAAUUUUUUUGUUUGUUAUCAGUUUGUUACUCUGUUGAUUCUUUGAUUCUUUCCUAUGGAGCUAGUACAUAAAUCUAGUUCUAAUAAAUUAUUGUUAAAAAGUUGGAAAUAUCUGUAAAUAACUCAGCUCUCUGAAAUGUAAGUCAUGAAUCUUGAGUAAGAUUUACUGCUAGUCCUUAGAGGUUAGUUCAUUUAAAUUGAGCAAAUUUGAUUUGUCACUCAUGUGUAAUUUUGAAUUUCUUCUUUCUCAGCAUGUUGCUUGACCUUUUUCUCAAAUUUUCUAUAAUCUUGUUUUCAAACAUAUCUCAGCGAUUUUUUCUUAUGUAAGUAGUUAUGUAAGCACUGCGUUUCAUUUAUCCAUUUUGAAAUUUUAAUCAUAUCAAUUUUCAAAAACUCUGUCCUCUAAACAAUAAGAAGCUGUACUUAUGAAUCCAAAAGGAAUUAAAAAAUAUCAUAUCGAUGGCGAAAGUGCGAAACCACGUAUCUCCGUUUUCAGCGUUGCAGACUUUCUGUCAGACUUCAUUUUUUCAUUGGAAAAUUAGUCACUUUAAUUUCUUGAAAACCGCCUUCAUUUUUCUUCUCUAUUGGCCGAUUAUUUUGUAUAAAUUUCAGGCUAUAUAGUCGACUUGUUUCCCUCCGUAAAAGUGAAAUAGGAGGAGAGAUUUUGAGACAUUGCAAUGAAGAUAGGUGGUUUCGCACUAUAGCCAUCGAAAGGAACCUUAGGUUUGGUAGUUAGGGUUUGUCUGUAACGCACAGUAAAUUCUCAGCAAAGAAAGCGCUAAAGUAGGUAUUAUACAAUACUCAUUAUCUUCCCCGGUGCUCUUAUCUAAGGAAUAUAAUCUUUUUAAAAUUGUAGCUUCACGCUUGAAGUGCAUCAAUGGUAUUUAACCUGCCUCAGUUUUGGCUAAAUUAUCUUCCUUGGCCCUUAAUAUCUGCUUAAGUUCUUGAGUUGUAAGUUUUAAGAGUCUGUUCUAUGAAAUUGUAAGUGUUGUGUUCUGGUUCGUUUCGUAACGUUUUUCGACACACAUUUUCAUUCGAAAGUAUAAUUUUAUGAGGCAACCGUUGGGCAUUUUUAAAAUAUGUUAAGCAAUUUUCCGACCGAUUACAUGCACGAAUCAGGAAAAUUUUGGAUAGGAAUGGCACAGUCAAGGAUGAAAAGUUAUUAGAAAAUUUAUUAUUGAGUUUUUUUAACCAUCUUUAAACAUUUUAUCCUACAUGACUAUCACUUUUAUGUUUUUAUAUAUGUGUUACUUUUGACACACCUCAUUUCUAUGUAUUGAAAUAAUUAAUGUAGCAGUCUAAAGGAGAGAAAUAACAGCAAAAAGAUGUUGUCGUUGUCCUCAUUGAAGAUCUCAUGAUUCAUACUGGAAAAAAAUUAGGAAGCUCAGGGCAGGAUUUAGGGAGUCACAUAAUGAGGCAAAGGUCCAAUGGCCUGCACCUAAAGUGGCUUUUUUUUCAAUUUUAAUGUAUUAAUCCUCAAUCAAUACUACACCAUGGAUAGAGUAUUUUGCUCAAUUUCUCUCAGCCAUGUGGCUAAGUCCAGACAUUGCUAAGAGGCUGAGCGUGAGCAACUUUCAUCAAUUUAGAGGAGCAAGUGAUUUCUUUGUAUGAAAAUUUCAUACAAAAACAUCUCCUGUUAUCUUGGUCUCUUUUUCUCUCACUAAGUUUCAAAGCAUGUUUUCAAAUUUAUUUCAGAAGGGUUAAAAUUUCAAAAUUUUUUGGGAGAAAGUCAAAAGUUGAUGAUCCCUUUGAUAAGAGUCAUUUUACCAAAUUACCGCAAAAGCUCUAAGAUGGCUAAAAACCUGUUAGGUGCCCUUCGCCUAAAUCCAGCUCUGAAAGAGCUUAAACAUGUUGUUUUAUUAUGUAGUUCUCACAGAUCUGGUUCAAAAAUCCAUUUUAUCUGUUUGAUUGUCAGGUGGAAAAAAUUGUAUUCAUCAAUUGAGAUUUUUACAACAUUUUGGCCAGUUUUUAAUCACGCAAAAGAACUUCUUAGCCAAUAAGUAAAGGAAUUAUUUGAGAAUUUUUGAGUGUCGCUGAAAUCACUGUUUGUGUUACAGCAAAGAUGAUUGCCAAGGUAGAGUUAUCAGUUGAAUUGAAUGUUUGAGUGCCUUUUCCAAUUUUUUCAAGUCUGAUUAUUUUCCGUUUUCAAAUUUUAUUAGGUAUGUCUCUUUUAUCGUUACGAUUACUCAAUUUUGAGUACCUCUUGCUCUAUUUGUUGGUUGCAAUGUAUGAUGCUCACUAAGAAAAUCUCUGUAACAAUGAUCAAAAUUUAUAGGGAAAGAAUUUCAUAAACAGUGACAAUAGAAGUUUGAACAUUUUUAAAGAGAAGGUUAAAUAUUUUGACUCUUUAAUCUAGGAAAAAGUGGAAAUCUGGGAAUUACGUACAGCUGAGUAAAUAAAAUUGCAAGCAUCAUUUUGAACUUACAGAGGCAAAGGAAUUGAGUCUGAUGCAAAUUGUACAAUUUAUAAAUGAUCAACAUUGCAUGAUACAAGUUCUGCUGGAAAUCAUUAUCCUUUUUUUUUGCAUUUUCUUAUUUUUUUUUCAAUGUUUUGAUGUUCAUCAUAGAUGCCCAGUGAUUUCUUGUGAUCCUCUUUUAUCAUCCGCACAGUGCCUUAUGUUUUAGUAUUUGAGCAUAUUAACUCCAGUUUAAGAACUCUAUUGAUUUAUCCCAGAAUACACACCUCCUUUUUUUCCAUCUUCUUCCCAUCCUUUUCCCCUCGCAAAUUCAUCAGAUUUUUUGUAAAAAAAUGUUUGUUAUUUUCAGGAAAAAAUAAUAGUUAACAGGCUGUACUCAUUAACAGUAUUCUAUGCUUUGAAUCAAGAGGAAAUUUAUUCUAAAGACCAAAAAUAGGCAGAUUUCGAUCAUUCAAAAUCAUCAAAAUAUAAUUUCAUAAUUUUUGUCUCUUAUCUACUUUCAUAGAAAUAGUUUUCUGCUUUGCUAACGGAGAACGCUGUAUGAGCCUUCAUACGUUGCCAAAUUUUCUCCAAAAAAAUAUUCCAGAGAAUUUUAAUUGCAAUCAAAUUUAAAUUAUCUGAAAAUUUCAAUGAAUAUUUAUUCAUAUUUCUCUACUGAAAUGAACAUUUUCACUGAAGAAAAUUUGGCAAUUCUUGAAUGUUCAUACAGCGUUUUUUCUCAGCAGGAUAGUUUUGGCCUAUGAUUAAUUACUUUGAGUGUUCCCAUUGUGUAAAAUUGUACAUAUCUACGUUUAGAUUGAAUUUUUCAAAUUCAUUCUUACCUGUGUAUACUUUUCAACAUCAAAUUUAAUUACUAAUGUAAGUGGGUAUCUACGUGUUUAAUCCCAAUACGUAGAUGCCUUGCUGUGUAUUAUAGUAUUUUUAAAAUGUUUAUUUUGAUUAAAAUAAAGAAAGAAGUCAGAGCUUGUGAAAUGGCAAAAAACUAAAGCAUACCUGUUUGUUUCAUUUUAUAUUGUGCCUUUUUGUUUGGCCAGUUUAUUUGAAGUUUUAUCCAUGUUUGAAUCAAAUGUUUUACAUAAAUAUUAAAAAGUGAGAAAAAAAUGUGAACAAAUUCCAAAUUAAUUUGUUUUUUGCAGCCAAAAUGGCUUCAUUAAGUUAUAAACUAUAUUUUGAAAACUUA